AUGGUGUUGCCUUCAAGUACUCGCGGCUCGGCCACCUCGGCCAGGUCCAUCCUAUCGACGCAAGAGACACCGAAGGUAUGGAGCGUCUCGGUGCUCAUCACCGUCAUCACCAUUGCGCUCAGCGGCGCCACCUAUGGCCUCGAAAAUUCUCUCAUGAGCCCGCUCGCAGCCAUGCCAGAAUUCGUUCGAAAGUACCAAGGCAUCAAUCACCAGACCCGCGAUUACACUUUCACCGCCAGACAUCAAUCCAUGAUCUUCUCGAUUCCGCUAAUUGGGACCAUCGCUGGCGCACUGAUCUCGCCGUACUUGCAAAACAGGCUGGGUCGCAAGUGGUCGCUCUGUGCCGCGUAUAUGUUCAGCAUUCCUUCGACGCAGCUUCAGCUCUGGGCGCCUAAUCUUGUCGCUUUCAUCGCAGGUCGUGUGAUGAAUGGGCUCGCCUACGGCUGCGCUCUCUCGAUCGGGCCGCUUUACCUCGCCGACGUGGUUCCAACCAGCAUUCGUGGCGGAGCUGUAGCCAGCUCGAACCUGCUCACCAUCCUCGCGAACCUCUUGGCGGCUAUUUGCUGCUGGGCUACGGACCGCACCUACACGGGCGCACGCAAGUACAAGAUCCCACUCGCUGUGCAAGCAGGCCUGCCCUUCAUCCUGCUGCUACCUACACCGUUCCUUCCAGAGUCACCUGUGUGGUGCGUCCAAAAAGGUUUGAUCGGCGAAGCUCGCGCAGCACUCCGACGGGUGCGGCCAGUAUCGGACGUCGAAAUCGAGGACGAACUGCAAGAGAUUGUGCGUGCCGAGCAGGAGCGCAAGAGUCUGGCCAAGGACACCAAGUUCACCGACAUCUUCAGUCGUAAACAUCUUUUGCGGACCAUGGUAGCUGGCUCCUUCUUCUCGCUCAACCAGGUGAGCGGUAUCAUCCUGAGCACCACGUACGCCACGGUGUUUCUCACGCAGCUCGGGCUUGGAGAUCCUUUCGUGCUCACCGUGUACGCCUACGUUUGUCAGGUGGCGGGGGCGGCUCUGGCCAUCGUGGCGCUCGAAAAGGUGGGACGACGCUCUCUUGCGCUUCCGGGCUUUGUGGUACUCACCGUAAUCGACAUUGUAGCAGGAACGCUCGCUUUCUAUGCAAGCAACGCCGAAGUGGCCAAAGCGAUCUCGGCUCUGGCAAUGGUGUUCAAUUUCGUGUGGACGCUUUGCUUCUACUCGAUAUCGUUGCUCAUGCCGUCGGAGCUUCCGACGCAGCGGCUUCGUAGCUACACCAUGUCGUAUGCAAUCGGAUGGGGUCAAGCGACGGCGGUGGUGACCACACUCGCGCUUCCCCAGAUCACAGCCAGGGAUGCUGGAAACCUGGCAGCCAAGGCAUACCUGAUCUUCGGUGGAUGCAUGCUGGUCAUCACCAUUCUCGCCUUCUUCCUGUUGCCAGAGACGCGCGGAAGGACGUUCUUCGAGAUCGAUCAGCUCUACGCCAAUCGCAUCCCAGCUCGACAGUGGUCCAAGUACGAGUUUGCGCGUACUUCAGGCGCAAUUUCGUCGGAGCGUGGCUCGCAUCUCGAAAAUGACUCGUACGCCGUCGGACUGAUCAGCGUCGACAGGAAGAGCAGCUCCCAUGCCACACCCGAGUCUCCACAACCCAGUCCUCAUUGA